GGAUGUGUCCCAAAAGGUGCACUUCAGCCCCCAACGACAGCCGUACGAUGCAAAACCCUAGCUCGAGCCCUCUCCUAUUUAUAUGCAGCAACAUUUCUUUCCACGGAGAGUAGCCAUCGUUUGAGCACUCCACUCGCCAGUGCCAACAGACUCCAUACCAUCUCAGAGGCAGCUCGGACUCCUGAUCUACCCUCAUACUCCUUCUCCAAUGGAGCUCCACGCUGUACGAGCUCUCUCCAAUCUCCCCCGCCUCUUCAACCCAUCCUCCAUCCAUCUACCCCGGAAAACUCCUCUUCUUCUUAGCCCUAAUUGGGUCUCCGGCACCAAAGUAGGAUUGGCUCAUUUUUCUUCGCUAAAAGCUAGAACAUCUGAAGAAACAUCUAGUGGAUUUAAUCAAUAUCCUGGUGAAGAACGUGACGGUGUCAUAGCGAUGAAAGAUGUUUCACCAGUUGAGAAGAGUGUUUACAGUGAUUCUGUGCAAACAGAAUCAACUAAUGAAGAAUCACCCAUGGCUGAACAAACGCAGGGAAUUGAAUUUCUGGAUAAACUCAAUAUAAAGUUGGACUCUGAAGAUGCAUAUUCAAUUCUUCUGUAUGGUAGUGGUGCACUGGUUGCUGUGUGGUUAGCAUCAGCAGUGGUUGGUGCAAUUGAUUCUAUUCCAGUGUUACCCAAAUUCAUGGAAUUGGUGGGUCUUGCCUACUCAGUCUGGUUUAGCACCCGAUAUCUGAUCUUCAAGAAGAACCGUGAUGAGUUGGUAACUAAACUUGAAGAGUUUAGGCAGCAGGUACUUGGUUUAGAUGAUUAAAUGAUUCUGUAUGGCAGUCUGGCAACGAGUGGAGAAAUUAUGUACAGUCAACAAUAGUUCUGAUUCAAUUUUGUUUUACACUUGUUUUAUUUUCAUUUUUUUUUUCCGUGUGUUUUUGGCCGAAGACAAACCUUUACAGUGUACUUUUGUUAUCAUCAAGGUGCCAAUACGUUCAACAUAAUUAGUUAAAAAAAACUAAUACACAGACUAGUUCUCUUCUUCCCCCUCAGAAAA